GUUGUAGAGCUGCGCCAAAGGUGCAUUCAGCUUGACCAGGAAGAAGUUGUUGACGCCCGGGUGUCCGACAUCGUGACCAAUCGCCGAGAUCAGCAAGGUCAGGGUGUCGAACGGCGUAAGCAAGGAUGCGAUCGGGCAUUUCUCGCCCGACGGUGGGCCGACCGACCGAUAAGGGGGCAGCGCGCCGAUAUGAAGCAAAAAGCAAAAGACGGACUGCAGAACGUCUAUGGCAUGGCGGAAAUUGUGGUAUAGAACAAACGAAUUAUAGGAGGCGCGACAGACGAAUUCACGGCAAUGGCCAUGCACUUACCCGGGGCUCCUAAGACCAACUCGUCGUCGGAGAACCCAUGGGCGGUGAAGCUCCAUUUCCCGAUCUGUU